UCCUCUUCUCUGUGGGCUGCAGGGGCUGAUGGGAGCUUUGGUUCCUCUGCUAGAAACCACGUGGCCCUGGUCUGAUCUCUCAGCUCGUCCUUGUUUGGCCUCAGCUGCAUCAGAGCGCCACUUCUCCCCAGGUUCACCAGAGGAAACUCCACUGCACACAAUGCUUUUCCUCCCAGCUGCUGCUCUGUGCUGGCUGGGUUCAGCGAUGGCUGCCAUGGCAACACAGCUGGUUCAGGAUUUAACUCUGACCAGGAUAACCGGGCAGAGCGUCUCCUUCAGUUGCGGAGAAACUGGGCAGUGUGGUAGUACUAAUGUCUACUGGUACCAGAAGAAAGAAACUGAAACAUUUAAGAUAAUUUUUCGUUACCAUAAAAGUAGCUGUGCAAAUGGGUACGGGUACAAUCAUCCUCAGAAAAAUGAUUUCUCAGCUGAGAAAGUUCAGAACGGCUGUUCAUUGAAGAUUCAAAAUGUUAGAGAAGAUCAUUCAGCCUCCUACUACUGCGGCUGUGUGAAGUCUGGUUCGGAUGAAUGGAUCUUUGGUUCUGGAACCAAACUGUUUGUAACUGGUGAUCCGGUAGUGAAGCCCAUGGUGAGCGUGUACCCAGCAGCAUCCAGCGCCCGGCGGGGCAGGAGGGGCUUCCUGCUGUGUCUGGCCUCAGGCAUGUUUCCUCCUGAGGUCAAGUUCACCUGGAAAACACUGGAGGACGAUGGAGAGAAAGAUCUGACCUCUGAAGAGCAGCUGGAGCUCAGAGAGCCGAACCGCACCGCCUCCAUCUUACUGGUGGACCGGGAUCUUCUCAGCACAUCUAGAUACCGCUGCUCUGUGCAGCAUGAGGGGGGCCCAGUGGAGGCCCCUACAACACAAGAGGUUUGUCCCUGGAUCCUGAUGAUCCUGAACCGGGUGAAGCUGCUCUGCCUGCUCUACUCAGUGCUGAUAGUGAAGAGUCUGGUGUACUGCAGUGGCCUCUCUCUGCUGAUGGUCCUCAGGAACAAGGGCCCGGCCCCCAGAUGAAUCUCUGCUGCUGCUGCUGCUUCUCCUGCCAGGCUGCGUGAACUCAGGAUUUUAUUAUUAAUCACUGAAAAUCAUUUAUUCAACUUUAGCUUCAUUUUAAUUAGUUCUGCAGCUUCUUUGCUUUAAUAAAGUCAGAUAUUCUCAGCCAAUCAGACAUCAGAACGAUCUGCUGUGAAGGAAACUAAAUCAGUUCCAGCAGAUUUAACAUCAUUGACUUAUAUAAAAGUUUAGUUUUUUAAAAGUAUUUUAUUAUUAUUCUAAACAUUUAUGCUGAAACUGACUCAUGAAGAAGAAAUAAUAAGCUUUGAGAAAACAUUUCUAUUCAUGUUGUUUAAAA